UAGAUCUUUGGACCUACUGGUACUGGUCAAUAAUGGAUCGCUACCGUUACUUUAUAUUCAACCAGCGGAGUAUGGUGGUGCUGGGAAUCCUCCAGAUAGCAUGUACUGGUGUCUCAGUGGUCUGCGGUUUCAUGGAUGGUGCCUUUCGGAAAGAAUCCACACUGGGGAACACAAGAGCUCCUGUUUGGGCUGGAAUGAUCAUGGCUAUUCCCGGUGUGCUGGCCUUAUUUUCAUCACAAAAGAAGAAUCCUGUUCUUGUGAAUGCACUUAUUGUGGUCUCAGUGUUUUCAUGUUUCACCACCUUAAUCAUUGUAGUUUAUGCUUGUCUGACUCUGGUAUAUGGGGAGGAUGAUGAUGAAGUGUUCUCUCAUACACCUGUACACAUUGUACACACAAAGUUCAUCCUUAAUCGACUUGUUCAGGGAGCAAACAUUGCGCUGCUUGUAGCAUCUUUCAUCAGCCUUUGUGUUGUCCUGUGCAUAGCAUACAUAGGUUGUCGAAGUUUACCACACUGUAUGUGCUAUGACAACAUAACUGGAAUGGAAUGGUUACAUCCUGAACAUGAGCAGGCUCAGACUGUGGAACUGGUGUGCACUUUCCAUGAAGAAGAGGAGCGUAUAUUUAAUUCUCCAGCACAGUUCACAGAAGCCAAUGUAGAAACGGAAGAGGCAUUUUCCCAGCCGCCUCCAUACGUCAAAUUAUCCUGA